ACACAAUCUAAGGCUUAAGAAAAGUGAGCUUCGCCCAUUCAUAGCCACUGUAACCCGCCCACCACAGCUGACCAACGCCAUAUCCACCAGCUCGCACAAACAACGAACACCUACAAUACAUUCAUCUCUCGCUUUCCUUGAAGAAAAAAGAUAAAAUUAUCGAUCUUGUUUCAACUACUUGAAAAGAGAGGUGUAAAUGGAAGCAGCUACAGCAACUUUUAUUGGAUCUUCAAUUGGGAUCUGUAGACCUGCAAAAUCUGUUGCUAGAUCGGGUUUUUUAGCUACCAUUGGGCAAGAUUUUGUGCGUUUUCCUCAUAAGCAUUAUUCUUCAGUUUCAUACUCGAAGCCAGGUCAUAGGAGAGUGGCAUAUGGAAGCAGGAGAUGUAUGGGAGUGAGAGCAUCAUUGUCAUCGUCUUCAGAUUCAUCGAGAUCAAUUGCAUCAAUUGCUCCACUUCAGCUUGAAUCUCCAGUAGGGCAGUUCUUAUCUCAGAUUUUGAUUAGUCACCCGCAUCUUGUGCCAGCAGCAGUGGAGCAGCAACUUGAGCAACUUCAAACUGAUCGUGAUGCUGAGAAACAGAAGGAAGAGCCUUCUGCCACUAGCACUGAUUUGGUAUUAUAUAGGAAAAUUGCUGAGGUGAAAGCUAAUGAGAGGAGAAAAGCUCUAGAAGAGAUUUUGUAUGCAUUGGUUGUGCAGAAGUUCAUGGAUGCCAAUGUUUCUUUGAUAUCCACCAUGGCCUCCUCUUCCACAGAUCCAUCUGGUGGAGUAGACACUCAGCCAAGCCAAGAUGAGAAGCUUGAGCGACUCCACUCUCCUGAAGCCUAUGAUAUGAUUCAGAACCAUCUAGCUCUCAUUUUGGGAAAUCGGAUGGGAGAUUCUACUGCUGUUGCUCAGAUAAACAAACUCAGGGCUGGACAGGUCUAUGCAGCUUCUGUGAUGUAUGGAUACUUCCUAAAGCGAGUUGAUCAAAGGUUUCAGCUUGAGAAGACAAUGAAAAUCCUCCCAAAUGCUGUGGAUGAGGGAGAAGCAGAUAUUCGUAAAGUUGUGUCUUCCCAUCCUGAAGCCUUUUCUGAUGGUAUCAGUCCUGGUGGAUCUGGACAUGGAUUAAAGGCUUCCCGAUUGCGGAAUUAUGUGAUGUCUUUUGAUGGGGAAACACUUCAGAGGUAUGCAACAAUAAGAUCAAAAGAGGCUGUUAGCCUUAUUGAGAAGCACACUGAGGCCUUGUUUGGAAGACCUGAGAUUGUCAUAGCACUUCAAGGGACUAUUGAUUCUUCCAAGGAUGAACUAGUCAAGAUCAGCUUUGGUGGUUUGAAAAGACUUGUUCUGGAAGCUGUAACUUUUGGUUCUUUCCUCUGGGAUGUAGAGAGCUAUGUGGAUUCAAGAUAUCACUUUGUUCUGAAUUGAAUAAUGCUCACUUACAUGCCUGCCUAAACGAAUUUGUAGUCGAGGCACUACUGACCAAACUUAAGUGCUAUGUAUGAGUGUAAAUUUGGUGAUAACUAUUAAGAAAUUUGUGCUAAUUCUUCUGUA